GUUUUUUUUUAAUUUUUUGCAGGAAGAUGAAAAUUUGAAACCAUAGGCCAUAGCCAUAAACCUUCAAAAUCUUUCGAUCUCCAUUUCUAUCCCUAAAACCCCAAGAAUGUUGCAGAUACAGCACUGUUCAUUCUCCAUCUUCCCCCUUCUUCACCCCCAUAAACCCUCAUUUGCUCCAUCCAAUCUCUCCUUCUAUAAAUCCGUGAAGACUCUCCGUCCAGUAAGGGCCCAGAAACUCCGGCCGGCGCCGCCGGAACCAUGGCUGGCCCAGGUUGAAGACGAGCCCACCACCGCUACUGCGGAUUCACUGCCUCCGGAGGAAGGGCCCAUCGAGCUCCCGUCUUCAGCUCCCGCCAUUUUCGGCUCCUCGGACGACCCUACCCCUAUCCAAACCGCCACUAGUGUCCUCCUCACCGGAGCCAUCUCCGUCUUCCUCUUCCGGGCUCUCCGCCGCCGCGCGAAACGUGCCAAAGAAUUGCGGUUUAGGUCAUCUGGAGAGAAGAAAACACUAAAAGAGGAGGCAAUUGAGAGCUUGAAAACAAUAACGCCGACACCUAUUGAUGCCAAGGCUCCACCUUCACCUGUUCAGGCACUCUUGGGUGGUUUGGCAGCUGGUGUUAUUGCGAUAAUCCUAUACAAAUUCACUACAACUAUUGAGGCCACUCUGAAUCGCCAAGCUAUCUCGGAUAAUUUCUCGGUUCGUCAGAUAACAAUAACAAUAAGAACAAUUGUUAAUGGCUUGUGCUACCUUGCAACAUUCAUUUUUGGCCUCAACUCUCUAGGCUUAGUCCUAUACUCUGGCCAGCUUGCCUUAAACUCAUUUUCUGAAGACUCUACAAGUCAAGAAACAAAAAAUGAAAGAGAAACACCACCGGGUUCAGAUCCUGUAGAUAGCAGUGAGGGUAACAAUAGUAAAGAUGAUAUAACUUCAGAUAGUACAAAAUAACUGAAGGUAUAGAAGGGAAAAAAAAAAAAAAAAAAGAUAUAGAUUUAGUUCCUCAUUUUGUAUGAUAUGUACAAAUUCAAUUAAGACAUGCAAUUUUUGGUAAUGCAUCCAUUCUUCGUAAUAUUA